CACCCCCGCAUCGCAUAUAUCGCAAUCCCCACAGACUACAACUACAUCGGCACCAAUAAAGCGUCAAGCUAGAUACACCAUGAGCUCAUCUUUCGAUCCGUCGCUCUCGACAAGUGGCAUGCGCCCGCCUCUCGCGUCCGCCGAUGCACCAUCCAUGGCGGAUUCACUCCCCAGUAUCAACUUUGGGUUUGAGGAUCUCCGGAAUCGCAUGGCACAGUUUACUGCUCGCUUUGAUGCAUUCAUCGAGAGAGGCCGCAAGCAGGUAUUGGAGGAGAGGAACCAGUUCAAGAUUGGAUUGGCAGAGCUACAGGAGGAUGAACGCAUGAAGCAAAGGGAUAUCGAGAUCCUGGACCUCAAAUCGCAAACGCACCAACAAACACUACAGAAGGAAGCCGCUGAAGCAGCGGAAAUGCACGCCGCCAUUUCAUCCGUGACCCUGGAACGUGACUCCCGCCUCGCCAAGCGCGACCGCCUCAAGCAACAAAUCGACGAGACCCAAAAGGCGAUCAACCAGAAGCUGGAGGCGCAGAAGAUGCACGCCAGGUAUCUGGAUGCUCAAGCUCGACUGAAUGUGCCGGAGUUGGACUUUUGGCAGGACUACCUGUGUUUACGCAUUGAGGGAGCCGGACGGGAGGAUAGACUAAAGUUUGUGUACACCCAUCUGCUCGAAAAAGACUGGGAAGCGGAAGCGUGGUUUGAACUCGGCACAGGGAGCCGCGAUUACGCAGUAUUUCAUACACGACCAAAACUCGAUCGGGAGGCUCUCGAGCGGGAGCUCGAUAUUGUCAAUGAGGAUCGCGACUUUGGUGCGUUCUUGAAAAGAAUGCGAAAGUUGUUCGUCGAUACAAUGAAAUAGGGAGGAGAUGAAGGUCACUUCCGCUUUGGAAAUACCAAAUAAUGAUUAAUGUUUCAAUACCU